ACAAUGAAAGAAACGAAAAUAACAAGUGCCCCCGCCGAAUAAUGUUACUCAGAGUAACUGUCGCAACUCUCAAGUAACUUUAUUAUUGUCUGAAUAAACCAGUUUUUGUUCUACCGUAGACAGUUUCAGUUCCGGCUUGUUGCUAACAACAUUUAAUGUAAACUGUGACCGUUACUAUAGAAGGAGCCAUUGGAUUUCUCUAGUCUUACCUUCUCUCGAAAAAACAAUUACAACACAAAAUGCCACCUAAAAAGAAAGGCGGUAAAAAGGGUAAGAAAUCUGGGAAAGGAGGUAAAACUCCCAUCAUCAUAGACAAUGUUUCCACAGAGGAGAUGACAAAAGAACAGCUUGAAGAGCAUGUGGUACGGAUGAGAGAGCAGCUUGAUCGUGAAAGAAGAGAAAGAAACUUCCAUCAGCUGGAGCGUGACCGUGUUCACACUUUCUGGGACAUAACUCAGCAAAAGUUGUCAGAACUUCAAGCUCAACUACGUAACAAAGACAGAGAAAUGGAAGAAGCGGAAGAAAGGCAUCAAAUUGAAAUUAAGGUGUACAAACAGAAAGUAAAACAUUUGAUGUAUGAACAUCAGAACAAUAUUGCACAGUUAAAAGCUGAGAGCACUGUUUCACUAAAACUGGCUCAGGAGACCAAUUACAGUAAUGAACAACAGUUACGUAAGGAUAAACGAAAUCUUAAGGUAGAACUGAAAGAAAUGGAACUCUCCCAUGAAGACAUGGUCAAAACUCUGCAGAAGAAAAAUAGUGAAGAAAUCACAAACUUACAGGCAGAAUUUGAGCGACGAGCAAAAGAAAUUGAAAAAAAAUAUGAUAGAAAAAUGCAAGCUCUUCGUGAUGAAUUGGAAUUGAAACGCAAAGUUGAGAUUCAUGAAAUUGAAGAACGUAAAAACAGUCAAAUUAUUACUCUAAUGAAGAACCAUGAAAAAGCAUUUAGUGACAUUAAGAACUACUACAAUGAUAUUACAUUAAAUAACCUUGCCUUGAUUAAUACACUCAAGGAACAAGUAGAAGAAAUGAAAAAGAAAGAAGAACGCCUUGAAAAGCAGAUGGCUGAUUUAAUUACAGAAAACAAACGGUUAACUGAGCCUUUACAGCGUGCUCGAGAAGAAGUUGAGGAGCUGCGGAAAGCUCUUGCUAACUAUGAGAAAGACAAACAAUGCCUCAAGAUGACCAAAGCUAGAUUAAAAAUGACCUUGGAAGAAUUAAAAGGAUUACAGUGGGAACAUGAGGUCCUUGAGCAGCGAUUUGAAAAAAUCCAGGAGGAGAGAGACGAAUUAUACAACCAGUUUGUCAAAUCAAUUCAUGAGGUGCAACAGAAGAGUAGCUUUAAGAAUCUUCUCUUAGAGAAAAAGAUGGCUACUCUUGGGGAAUUGCUUGAACAAAAAGAAGGCCAACUCAACGAAGUUCUCUCUUGUUCUAACCUCGAUCCCUCAGCCCUCAACAUGAUCACACAUAAACUUGAGGAAGUUUUGGUGUCCAAAAAUACUGCAAUUAAAGAUCUUCAGUUUGAAUUGGCACGAGUUUGUAAGGCGCACAAUGAUCUUCUGCAUACAUAUGAAGCUAAACUUCAAACUUUUGGAAUCCCUAAAGAAGAACUUGGUUUUAAGCCACUCGAAUCGUCAGUGCCAGAGCAAGUCCUUGGUAAUGGACCAGCUGGUCUGGUCUCAGCAAAAGUAUAACAUCUUUUACAACUUCCCUUCAUUGCUUUAAAACGGAAUGACAUCUGAAAUUCUGAAAACAGGAAUGAUAUGUAUAAAAUAAAAUAUUACUUUUUAUUGUAUGAAAUACUGGAAAUUAUUUAUAUAUAAUAUAUUUGUAAUAUAUUAAGGUGGUGAACUGGCAGAACCAUUAGCACACUGGGCAAAAUGCUUAGUAGUGUUUUGUUCAUCCUUAUGUUCUGAGUUCAAAUUCUGAUGAGGUCAACUUAUCCUUUUGGGGUUGAUAAAAUGUACCAGUUGAGCACUGGGGUUGGUAUAAUCAACUUAUGUCCAGAAUUACUGACCUUAUGCCAAAAUUUGAAAUCAAUAUAUUGAUCAAACUUUAAUGUAAACAGCAAUAUAUGAAAUGUUUUACUCUAAGAACUCUUCAAAAACUAAUCAUUAACAAAAGCAGUGUAGAAGAGACAUCUCAGUUUUGAUGGUCAACCUCUGUGGCGCUGGUUGCACAAUACGAUACAUCCAGUUCAAACUGUAAAGUGGUUAGUGAUAAGGUGGACAUCUAGUCAAUAAAAUCGUCACUAAAUCAUGUCAGUUACAAAUACAAUGAAACACUUUAAUUGUGCAUAUAGGAGUAACAUUUACCAUGUUAGUUUUUGCAUAGUAAUUGAAUGGUUAGAUGGAAACAUCUAGCCAUAACUGAGAAUCCUUUGAAUCCCAGCCACACACGUGCGUGUGCACACACACACACACACACACAUUCUUAUAAUUUUAUGCCUGUUUUAUUCUGUGCUUGCAUCAGUUAAGCAGAUCUUCCCCAGUACAGCAUUCUGCCACAUGUGUUCCUUUGUUAUAUCCUUUCUGAAGGUCAACCUCCUGAGAUCAGCUUCACUCCUUCUGCCAAUGUCUACCUUUGUUUUCCUCUUUACCUGUUCCACUGGUUCCUUGCACAUAGAUCCCCUGGUACUUCUUUACUCACCUGUCAUCAUCCUUAUAUAUUACCAAUGCUGUCAUCAGUCUCCCCUGUAUGCUUUAUCUGAUUACUCUUAUGCCCAGCUUUUCUCUCAACUCAUCUGUUCCUUGUUGUUGAUGGACUCUAACAUUGUAGACCAUGCUGAAAACUGAAAACUUUACCAGCUGUUACCCAGAGUUUUAGGUCUCCGAUGUUCAAACAGUAGAGAAGGAUAGUACAAAAAGACCUGAUUUCAUACAAAAUGAUAAAAUCCUGGUUAGAACAACUUCCAUUCUUACAAAUGUUCAUAGUUUGAUAAUUUGAUUAGAAGGGGGAAAAACAUAUUCCUGAGUGAUUAGCAGAGUGAUCUACUUUGCUGGAUAUUCUUAGAAUCAUAGUGUCUCUUCUUGACACACUAACAGCCUAACCUCCUUUUCAUAUCCUUAAUCAUACUUUGAACCAUGCAACUAUCAAUGUCAAUAGCUGGUCCUUCUGUUGGAUCAGCUCAGAGUAGUUCCUCUUCCUCUCAUACAUUCUCCUCAUUCAGCAAACUCUUGUAGUAACAUUUUCAAACCUCUUUUAUAUUUUAUUUUAAUCUAUUAUUUAUUUCCACCAAUGACAGCAAAUGCACCACAAUCAUUCCACUCUUUAUCAACGUUUUCACUUACACUGAAACAAUACUUUGUAAUUUAGAACACCACCCCAAUAUCUUUAAUCUUCAUGUCACAGAAUAUGUGUAAUCUUCUUAAUUUCUCCUUCUCCUUUAUCUAAGUAUUCCUGGCAUUUAGCAUUUCUUCUAGCUACCAGAUAUAGUUCAUUACUCCUUUUCUUUCUAAGCUUCAUUUGUAGCUUUUAUGACUCUAUCAAGUAAUCUUCCCAUUAAGUCACUUUCCAUCUGCCAGGAAUCUUUUACCAACUACAACCCUGAUCUGCUACUCAAUGUAGGUUGUCCUCAUAGAAAAACUCAGUUGUCUUCUAUGAUAUAAGUCUCUGUCUGGUCUUGUAGGUAUAAUCUUUAUUUUGUGAUCUAUUUAUUUCCUACCUUAACUUCUGUCCCACUAUAUCACUUACUGUCUUUUCAUUGUUGUAAGGUGACAAGAUUGUGCUAGAGGUUGUGGUGUAGGUGUUACUGAACCAAGAGACAAUGCUGUCAGGUUCACCCUUGUCCCCAAAUCUCAAACAUAAUGGAGUUAGUGUAAGGUUGCUAUAUGAUACAAUAACAGACCUUGCCUCUUCAUUCUGUUCUUUGUUUUAAAAGCAACACAUAUUUUGCUUGAUGCCAAACUUGACCUGACUGGAGAGAUCUACUUUAUGGACCAGUGAUGACUGUCUCAAAAUUGUGGAUGGCACAGUCAAAUUCUUUGUGACUUUGGCAAUGCUCAGGUUAAUUUCUUUCUUCCCCUUUCAUACAUGUGUGACAGUUUGGCUUGAAACUGUAUUUAUUUUUGUUACACAUUCUUAUUCUGCAGUCUUUCUUUUAUCUAAAUGUUCCACAUCCAAUGUUUGUUGCAUGUUAUGUUUGUAAAGAUGAAAUUAAUCCUCCAUUUAUAUUUCUAAUAUUAUGCUCAUUUGACAAAAUUUAUGCCUCUGAAACUGUUUAGCUUUAAGGUUGUUGAUCACCAGGCUAUAUUAAGUAGAAAAUUCUUCACUAAUUAAAGGCUUUGUCUUCACAAUCAAUAGCUAUCCUGCUUUCUAUACAAGUAGUUUGCUUUUUUAUCUUCUUCUUCAGGUGGAUGACUAGUUACCUGAAGUGCUGCAAUUAGGUCCUUUGCAUUGCAGAACAAAAGGAACCUUGAUUCCUGUAUGCUGAAGGGUAGGCAGUUAAAGCUUUUACAGCUUUCAUUGUGUUGUCAUAGAUGUCCUUUAAAAGUGACCAGGUAUGAUAAUGAGAUAGUUGAUACUUGUCAAGGUAAUUUAAUUUUCUUGUACUUAAAAACUUAUUGUCUUAAAAUUGUUUAGAUCAGAAUUCUCUGCAGACUACAUAUGAUAAUAGUAGAAAAAUAGAGAGAUUGACAUAUAAGUCCCAAAUAAAUGGAUAACAGAGAAAUAUAUGACUGCAUCUUAUCAUCUAUGUGUAGACUACAGUAGAAUUAUCUCAAAUAUUUUAGGUUUACAUAUAGUACUGGAGUCUGAGAAAUAGGUAUGGUUACAUAGGCAGUGUAUACAAUAUUGUCCCACUUCAUUGUGAAAUCAAAUCCUGCAGGGAAAAGUCCACUUUGCAUUUCUUUCAUUGAGGAUCAAUAAAGUAAGUUCCAUGUAUGAAAAAAAGAAAUAUGAAAAAAGAAAUGGAAACAAAGAAGUUAAUAAAUGCAUACAAUAACAACCAGUUGGGGGUACUAAACUCAGCAAUAGGUUAAGUCUGCUCUCCUUGCUCACCCCCCAAAAAGAUGCAGUCUAUCCCCAACAGGCUUCUGCAUAGUUUCCAUCAACUCAGUUUCACUAAAGGGAGUGUAUGGUAGAAGACUCUUAUCCAAAGUAGCAUGCAGUAAGAUUGAACUGGAGUCACAUGUAUGGGAAAUGAACUUUUUACUUACAUAGCUAUCUUUACAAACAAAUAAUAACAACCCUUCCUACUAUAGGCACAAGGCCUGAAAAGUUGGGAGAGAGUAAGGAAGGGUCAGUUGAAUAUAUCAAUCCCUGUAUUUCACUGGUACUGAAUUUAUUGACCCUGAAAGGAUGAAAGGCGAAGUUGACCUUGGUAAAAUUUGACAUCAGAGUAAAACAAGAAGUUCUGCUAAGCCUUUUGUCCAGCAUGCUAACAAUUCUGCCAGCUCACCACUUUGUUGUUGUUGUUGAUGACAAUGAUUUCAAAUUUUGGUACAAGGCUAGCAAUUUUGGGGAAGGAGGAAGUCAAUUACAUCAACCCCAGUGUUCAACUGAUACUUAUUUUAUUGGCCCAGAAAGGAUGAAAGGCAAAAUCAACCUUCAUGGAAUUUGAACUCAGAAUGUAAAGGCAAGCAAAAUGCUUAGCAACAUUUUGUCUGGCAUGCUAACAAUUCUGCCAGUUUGCCACCUUUGGUUUAGGCAUAAGACCAACAAUUUUGAGGAAAGACAUUUAGUUGAUACCAUUGAGCCCAGUGUUUCACUGGUACUUUAUUAUAUUCUUUACUACUCUAGGCACAAGGCCUGGAAUUUUGGGGGAGGGGGCCAGUCACUUAGAUCGACCUCAAUAUGCAACUGGUACUUCAACCCUGAAAGGAUGAAAGGCAAAGUUGACCCCGGCGGAAUUUAGGUACUUUAUUAUAUUGACCCCAGAAUGAUAAAAGGCAAAGUUGGCCAUUAGCAAGAUUUGAACUCUAUUCACAAACAAAGGUAAAUAAAUAACAAAGAAAUUAUCCUCGCUCUACCGGUUUUAUCACUCACCACCUUAAUCAUGAUAAUGUUACUUUACAUAUGCUUGGCUACUCAGUUUCACCUCCUUAGAAGAAAUGUUCUCUAGUACUUAUAUGAACCUCCUGUUUUAGAAAAUGACGAUGUAGACACAGUGUGGAACUUUAGACUAAAAGCCCAUCAGAUAUCACAUUUGAAAUUGACUUAGCUUUUUGACUCAUUGACUGUCAAACUGUCCAACCCAUACCAGUAGGGAAGACAGACAUUAAAUGAUUACAAUGAUGAUGAUGAUGGUAAUGACAACCAGCUUACCAUAUAUCAACCCUCUGAUUUAUUGAAUUCCUACUGAGUCGUCUAACGCAUGAUGACACAGAAGACAGAUAUUAAAUGAUUACGAAGAUGAUAUUGACAAGUGAUAAACCACCUGACAUUACACUGGAACCCAAUGCAGUCCUCCAACUCAUGGAUGCAUUCAAGCCAUCUAAUCCAUUGUCAGCAUGGAAGACAGACAUUAAAUGAUGAUGAUGAUGAUUAUGUUGAUUGAGGUAGUGAUGAUGAUGAUGUUGGUGAUGUUGAUGACGACAACAACAACAGGCCAUCAGAUAUCACAUUGGAGCAUGAUGCAGUACUCUAAUUUGUUAGAUCUUGUGAAACUGUCUACCCCACAGAAGACGGACAUUAAAUGAUGAUAGACCACUGGAUAUCACAAUAAACCUGACAUUACUGCAACAAAAUGACAAUAGGCAGUGCAUUUCCAAAAUGUGUUUUAUGUUUAUACCAAUUUAAAGUGUGAUCUGAUUGUGCCUUUUUAUAUCCUGUCCCUUAGUUGUCUGGCAAAUAAACAUAAAUACUGGAGUUGGUAGACAUAGUCACAGCUAAAACCUUUGUAGGCAAUAAAUACCCCAGCAUGGCCACAGUCCAAUGACUGACAUCAUCAUGAAGUUAGGGAAUGCCAUGAGAAUUUCUUUUUGUACCCGAGAUGGCUGCUUGGUCAUUGAGAAAAGAUCAUCAAUACUGGUUUAUGUACACAGUUUUGUAUCAUUUACACAUUAAUUGAAUAAAUUUUCCUUUAUUUUCUUAUAAA